CCCCGUUCCAGUCGCUAAUCAGUCCGGCAAGGGGUCGGACACAGGACCCAAGCGCUCCCGACCGAGUCGCCCCGUGGGGUGCUGCGCGCACCAUGGCGGGCUGUUGUUGCCUGUCGGCGGAGGAGAAGGAGUCACAGCGCAUCAGCGCGGAGAUCGAAAGACAGCUUCGCCGGGACAAGAAGGACGCGCGCCGGGAGCUCAAGCUGCUACUGCUAGGAACUGGUGAAAGUGGAAAAAGCACCUUUAUCAAGCAGAUGAGAAUUAUCCAUGGAUCUGGUUACAGUGAUGAAGACAGAAGAGGGUUCACAAAGCUGGUUUACCAAAACAUAUUCACCGCCAUGCAAGCCAUGAUCCGAGCUAUGGAAACCCUCAGGAUACACUAUGUGUGUGAACAGAAUAAGGAGAAUGCCCAGAUCAUCAAAGAAGUGGAAGUGGACAAGGUGUCGGCGUUAUCCAGAACCCAGGUCGAGGCCAUCAAACAGCUUUGGCAGGAUCCCGGGAUCCAGGAAUGCUACGACCGCAGGAGGGAGUACCAGCUGUCAGACUCUACCAAAUAUUACCUGACUGACAUCGACCGAAUCGCCACACCGUCCUUUGUGCCAACACAGCAAGAUGUGCUCCGGGUGCGAGUGCCCACGACAGGUAUCAUCGAGUAUCCCUUUGACUUGGAAAACAUCAUCUUUCGGAUGGUGGAUGUUGGUGGCCAGCGAUCUGAAAGACGGAAAUGGAUUCAUUGCUUUGAAAGCGUCACUUCCAUUAUUUUUUUGGUUGCUUUGAGCGAAUAUGACCAGGUCCUGGCUGAGUGUGACAAUGAGAACCGCAUGGAAGAAAGCAAAGCCUUAUUUAAAACCAUUAUCACCUACCCCUGGUUUCUGAACUCCUCUGUGAUUUUGUUCUUAAACAAGAAGGAUCUUCUGGAAGAGAAAAUCAUGUAUUCUCAUCUAAUUAGCUAUUUCCCACAGUAUACAGGACCAAAGCAGGAUGUAAAAGCCGCCAGAGACUUUAUCCUGAAGCUUUAUCAAGACCAGAAUCCUGACAAGGAGAAAGUCAUCUACUCCCACUUCACAUGUGCCACAGAUACAGAGAAUAUCCGCUUCGUGUUUGCUGCUGUAAAAGACACCAUUCUCCAACUAAACCUGAGAGAAUUCAACCUAGUUUAA